AUGUCGACCUUUCGCUUUCGGUUUCUCCGGGCUCCUGCGGGGACGGGUCCCGUCCCGCAUGGGGCAGCGGCCCCGGGCCGGCGGCUGCGGGAGCGGGAUCCCGGCCGGGACACCAUGAGGCUGGUCCUCGCCAUGGUGCUGAUCACGCAGCUGGAGCGCUCGGAUGCCGCGGGCUGUGAGCCGGGCGAGUACCCCAAUGGCACCGAGUGCUGCCCCAUGUGUGCUGCGGGAUGGCGGGUUUUCAAGCACUGCACUGCCAGAUCCAGCACAACGUGCAUACCUUGUGUGGAGGGGACCUACACAGAUCACCCCAAUGGUUUAACACGCUGCAGGACAUGCAAACUGUGUGAUGAAGGGGCCAACCUGGUGACAGCAGCAGCGUGUACCUACACGAAGAACACGGUGUGUGGCUGUCGGCCAGGCCACUUCUGCACCUCCUCUGGGCCUGAAGGCUGUGAGCUGUGCCAGCCCUACACUGUCUGUUUGCCUGGCACUAUGGUCAAAGAAUGGGGUACAGCCACCAAGGACCACGUGUGUGAAGUCUGUCCUCCUGGCACCACUUCCACAGCCAACAUGUCUGUGGCCUGCACACAAUGGCCCAAACUUAAGGAGCAGGACUCUUACCCAGCAAUCAUAGCAAUCAUUGUCCUUGUUGUUGUGAUUGUGGUGGCUGGUGCAGCUGCUCUCGCAUAUAAUUGGCAGAGGAGGAAAAGGAAAAGUUACGCUCCACCGGUGCAGGAGUCCGAGCUUUAACAGCGUGGUCAGGCUUUGAGGUUCAUCGAGGAGAAAGGGGCUCAAACAACUGUUCCUGUGCAAGAAGUUGGUGCUGACCCUGAAGAAACCAAGCC